GCUGCCGCUGCGCCUUGUAUGUUGUGUUUGCCCGCACAUAAGGCGACACACACACCGCCCGCCACCAUGGCUUAUGAUGGGUCUGAGAGCAUUGAGAUGGAGGCUCGCCUCCUGAACGGCAACGAACUCGACAACGACUACAACGAUGAGGGAGACUACAUUGAAGUGGGCAGCCGGCACCGCGUUGAAUCCAUGACCUCCAUCCAGGAGGAAGAUCCAGAUGCACACCUGUUGUAUGCGGACGUGGAUGAGGAUGACCUCAGCAGGCCCAGGGAGUCGUCCUGGCUGGCCACAUCCGCCACCAUCGUUUCAAACAUGAUUGGUGUUGGUGUGUUGGGGUUGCCGUAUGCGUUUGCCCAGAUGGGGUGGGCCGUGUCUGUGGUUGUGCUGGUGGUGCUGACGCUCAUCUCCAUGUACAGCUCCCUGGUUCUGGCCUGGCUGCGCGGCACCGCCUUUGACAUCACCACAUAUCCAAGCCUUGCCGCCUACGCCACCCGCGGCGCAGGCAAGCGCGGGUCUUCGUUUCACCGCCGCUUUGCCCAGAUUGUGCUGUACACGUAUCUCCAGGGCGUCUGCACCAUCUACCUCAUCACCAUGAAGAUUGCGAUUGAGGAGAUAUUCCAGCGGUGCGCGGAGGACGGCCCCCACUCCACGUCCGACACCUCCCACACCACCGACCCGGCCCUCGCCUUUGCAUGCCAGCCCGCAAGCUGCGCCCCAGACGGCGUCGCUAACCUCCCAGACACGCUGUGGCUGGUGAUUGCUGCUGGCUUUGUGUUCCCGUUUGUGCAUUUCCGCCGCCUUGCCCACGCCACGUGGCUCUCCGUCCUCGGUGUCAUCACCAUCCUUGCUGUCAACGGUGUCAUCGUCUACAGGUGUGUGCAGCGCAUCAUUGACGGAACGCAUGCGCUGGACCGGAUUGAGAAGUUCCACCGCACAUUCCGCGGCCUCAUCAACGGCAUCACCACCACCGCCUUUGCAUACGGCGGUCACGGUGUCAUGUUGGACAUUUUGGCCGAAAUGAAGGAGCCUGCCAAGUUUCCCCGCGCCGUGUAUGCAUCACAGGGGUUCAUGUUCUUCAACUACGCCGUUGUCGGGUUCCUUGGCUACGGCGCGUUUGGCGGGGCAGUGACCUCCCCCAUCACCAUUUCGCUGCCGGACGGGUGGCUGCAUGUGUUCACCAACUCCUGCCUCCUCCUCCACGUCGCCGCGGCGUACUGCAUCAACAGCACCGUCUUUGUCAAGAACCUGUUCAAGCUGCUGUGGCCAACGCUCUACCGCUCGCAGUACCACGCAAAAGAAAAGGCGAUUCGAUGGGGAUUUAUUGCCACGAUUGUGCUGCUGCUGGCCUUCACCAUUGCUGUUGUCGUGCCAUACUUUACCGACGUCAUGGACCUGUUCAGUGCCGUGAGCAUCUUCUCGCUGUCAGUGUGGCUGCCUGCGCUGCUGUUCAUUGAGAACAGGAAAGGGGACAUGUCAACCCUCCUCAUCUUCGUGAACGUCGUCAUUGUCUUCUUCGGCCUCGCCGGCGUUGGGCUCGGCCUGUGGGCCGCAAUGGACGGCGUUGUGGAGAAGAUCAAGGAGUGCAGCCUUGGCGUGUGAACACCUACACUCGCACACAUACACACACGCACGCACACGCACACACACACGCACACACACACACACACACACACACACACACACACACACACAC